GUCCCGGGGCCGGGCUAGAUCGCCGUUCCCCGCCGAGUAGACCCGCGCCGGGAGGCGCCGCCAGGCCAGUCCCGCAGGGGCGGGACGGGGCGGCGGGCGUGAUGACCCUGUUCCACUUCGGGAAUUGCUUCGCCCUCGCCUACUUCCCCUAUUUCAUCACUUACAAAUGCAGCGGCCUGUCUGAGUACAACGCCUUCUGGAAAUGCGUCCAGGCCGGGGUCACCUACCUCUUUGUGCAGCUGUGCAAGAUGCUGUUCUUGGCCACUUUCUUCCCCACCUGGGAAGGUGGCAUCUACGACUUCAUUGGGGAGUUCAUGAAGGCCAGCGUGGAUGUGGCAGACCUGAUAGGCCUAAACCUUGUCAUGUCCCGGAAUGCAGGCAAGGGGGAGUACAAGAUCAUGGUUGCUGCCCUGGGCUGGGCCACCGCGGAGCUUAUUAUGUCCCGCUGUAUUCCUCUCUGGGUUGGAGCCCGAGGCAUUGAAUUUGACUGGAAAUAUAUCCAGAUGAGCAUCGACUCCAACAUCAGUCUGGUCCACUACAUUGUUGCAUCUGCCCAAGUCUGGAUGAUAACACGUUAUGACCUGUACCACACCUUCCGGCCAGCUGUCCUGCUCUUGAUGGUUCUUAGUGUCUACAAGGCCUUUGUCAUGGAGACCUUCGUCCACCUCUGCUCCCUGGGCAGCUGGACGGCACUGCUGGCCCGAGCAGUGGUGACAGGGCUCCUGGCACUCAGCACCUUGGCCCUGUAUGUCGCCGUUGUCAAUGUGCACUCCUAGGCGUGGUAUCCCAGAUGUUGGCAUACCUUUUGCUGCCUCCAGGUUUUAGUGAAGUAAACCAUAUUUGGAAAGUU